GGCUCUUUGUCUGCAGGGGGCUUCGGAGUGGUUGCUGAACGGGACGGGGUGUGUUGGGCUGGGGAAGGGCAGGUGAGCCGUGGGCCUCAGUGCUGCGCUCGGGCCCGGCAGCCACUGCACUCGCGGCCCCGCCCCAUCGCCACCGCGCGGGGCCUGGGCCCCUUGGUGCAGAACUGUGUGUUCGGCCCAAGGUCUAUGCGAGACCCGACGAACCCGUCAUUAAAAGGCCUUUUGCCUUUCCCCGCGAAUCUCUAGGUAUCUGAAGGAAGAUGAAUUUGGCAGAGAUCUGUGACAAUGCCAAGAAAGGGCGCGAAUACGCGCUUCUGGGAAAUUACGACUCAUCGAUGGUGUAUUACCAGGGGGUGAUCCAGCAGAUCCAGAGACACUGCCAGUCCGUGAGGGACCCGGCCGUCAAAGGGAAGUGGCAUCAGGUCCGGCAGGAACUGUUGGAAGAAUACGAACAAGUUAAGAGUAUUGUCAGCACAUUAGAAAGCUUUAAAGUCGACAAGCCCCCAGACUUCCCUGUGUCUUGUCAAGAGGAGCCAUUUAGAGAUCCGGCAGUUUGGCCACCCCCUGUCCCUGCAGAACACAGAGCUCCACCUCAGAUCAGACGUCCCAACCGAGAAGUGAGGCCUCUGAGGAAAGACAUGGGAGCUGGAGCCCGAGGACUCGUGGGCCGAGCACACCCGAUAUCCAAGAGCGACAAGCCUGCAAGCAGGGACAAGGACUGUAGAGCCCGAGGGAGAGACGACAAGGGGAGGAAAAACACGCAGGAUACGGCAAGCGAUGGUGAAAUCCCCAAAUUUGAUGGCGCUGGAUACGAUAAGGACCUGGUGGAAGCCCUGGAGAGGGACAUUGUGUCUAGGAACCCUAGCAUUCACUGGGAUGAUAUAGCAGAUCUGGAGGAAGCUAAGAAAUUGCUCCGGGAAGCUGUUGUCCUUCCUAUGUGGAUGCCUGACUUUUUCAAGGGGAUUAGAAGGCCAUGGAAGGGUGUGCUGAUGGUUGGACCUCCAGGGACUGGGAAGACUAUGCUAGCCAAAGCAGUUGCCACAGAAUGUGGGACAACCUUUUUCAACGUCUCCUCCUCUACACUGACAUCUAAAUACAGAGGCGAAUCAGAGAAGUUGGUCCGUCUGUUGUUUGAAAUGGCUAGGUUCUACGCCCCCACCACGAUCUUCAUUGAUGAAAUAGAUUCUAUCUGCAGUCGAAGAGGCACGUCUGACGAGCAUGAAGCAAGUCGCAGAGUCAAGUCUGAGCUCCUCGUCCAGAUGGACGGAGUUGGAGGAGCCUUAGAAAACGAUGAUCCGUCCAAAAUGGUGAUGGUUUUGGCGGCCACUAACUUCCCGUGGGACAUCGAUGAAGCUUUGCGAAGGAGACUAGAGAAGAGGAUCUACAUCCCCCUCCCGACAGCAAAAGGAAGAGCUGAGCUUCUGAAGAUCAGCCUUCGGGAGGUGGAGCUGGAUCCUGACAUCCGUCUGGAGGACAUCGCGGACAAGAUGGAGGGCUAUUCUGGCGCCGACAUAACUAACGUCUGCAGGGACGCGUCUCUGAUGGCGAUGAGGCGGCGCAUCAGCGGCUUGAGUCCGGAAGAGAUCAGGGCCCUGUCCAAGGAGGAGCUGCAGAUGCCUGUCACCAGAGGGGACUUUGAGCUGGCGCUGAAGAAAAUUGCCAAGUCUGUCUCCGCCGCGGACCUGGAGAAGUACGAGAAGUGGAUGGUUGAAUUUGGAUCUGCGUGAUUUUUGUCAGCUCUUUCAUUUCUGGUAUUUUUGCCUAUAAAGUGUGAAGAAAUUCCUUAAAUUUAAAAAAAAUCUGGAAUUUUUCAUCAGAGAAAAUUUCACUUAAACGCCAAAGCAAAGCAAAAUGUCUAGAGCCACAGAGAAAGGCGGUUGAGAAAUGAGACGUUUGUAGAGUCUGCUGGCUUCGAGCUCACAAACCUCGUCCUCACGCCACAGAGCACGCAAGCCAGUGGGCCGGGCUGAGGGGUAGGACUGGGCUGGAGGGCCUCGCUUACAGAGCCUUGGCCAAAUGUUCUUGCUUACUUGCAUUCAUUGUCUGUUUUCCCAGUUCUUUACUCUCUGAUCAUAAAAGACACAUAUGUGCACCGGGUGUGAGUGCGCGCUCACACACACACACACAUACACACACACACACACACACACACACAGCGAAACUCAAUUUCUGUCAAAUUUAUUAAUUGUCAUUUUGAGAAUGAUAGAUAGUAAAUUCUGAAAGAAAUAAUGCAUUUUAAAUCUGUAGAACUUAAUACUGUUAGGAUCUAAUAUGUAAUUAGAAUUUUUACUUCUCUGCCAGUUCUUCUUAGCUGCUGGCUUCUGUCUAUCAAGGAAUAGUCUGUGAUCUAUGGUUUUUCCCCUGGCAUAUAAUCAUUUUUUGCUAGUGCCUCUCCCACAUCAUUUGGGAAGAUGGGACGAAUCUUACUUCGUUAGCAGCACGUCUUCACCCUGUUGUCCAGAGUUCUCACUUUUCUUUCAAUGUGCUCAAAUCAAUAGAGCGAUUAUUUCUUCUCACUUCCAACACUGCUUUUUUGUUGAGUUUGACUUUUAUGCUUGAGAUAAGUACUCUGAGUUCUAAACAAGUCUAGCCUCUAGGCUAAUGCAAAACAAACAUUUCUUUUUCUUUCAUAUACUAGUAUUUUGCCAGUUUGUAUGUCUGUUUACUACAUGUGUUGCAGUUCCUGAGGAGGCCAGAAGAGGGCAUUGGAUCCCCUGGAAUUGAAGUUACAGGCAGUUGUGAGUCACCAUAAGGAUGGUGGGAAUAGAACCCAGGUCCUCUUCAAAAGCACUCAGUGCUCUUAAUGGCUGAGCCAUAUCCCCAGCCCCACAAAUAAAACCUCUUAUGGUUCUCAGACAGCUUGUUUUGCAAACAGUAUACUAACAGUGAACAAUACUCAAUAAUUAGAAAGUUUUCCUUCUAAGACCCUGUGUAUGCAAUGGGAUUAGAAUAGGAAUCCGACACGCUCAUUAGACAUGGAAUUAGACAGUAGGAAGAUCCCAGAAAGGGAGCUGCAUGUUCUGGGUCCUCAUGUUGAUUCUCUAUAAUUAAUUAUGUCCAUCCAUUUGGAUCAUCAGGCAAUCCAUCCUUUCAUAUAAGCGUGUAAAAAGCAUGUCUGUGAUAACAUCCUGAAAUCUUGAUUCUCAAGCCUACUAUUUUAAAACUAUGUACAUCCUAUAGGCAUUUUCAAAAUCUCUCACUGUGAUGUGUACGUAAGACAUUUGAUCUCUUUUCCUUACUCAGACCUGUUGUGUUCCUUUCAGGUAAUCUAAAUCUGACUCUCCAAGCUCCUGGGUUCAUCUCAUUCCUAGAAAGUGUCCUCUUUCUUCUGAGACACACAUUAUGUAUUUCAAAUCGGAAGCCAUGAUCUUAUCGUGAUGGGACUAAUUCUUGAAGAGUUAGGUUGAGAGACAGAGGAGCAAACGUGCGUUUACUUGUGUAUCUGGAGGAAGGGUCUCACAUGGUUGUCUGAGCCGGUCUUCCGCUCUUGGGCUCAGAUGAUCUUCCCUUUCAGCUUCCUGAGUAGCUGGGACUCCAGCCCCACCCCCGGGUUAUUUAUUUAUUUAUUUAUUUAUCUAUUUAUUUAUUGGCUUGCGAAUAGUUUUGUUUGUUUAAUGUCAUCUGAAAAGAAUUUGUCUACAAAGAAGUGAGACACAAGGAAGCAUUGGUUCAGCGCUGAUGAAUCCACACAGUUAGGACUGGGGAGUAGGCCACCUAAACAUUUUUAAAAAUUGGAACCUACAAACAAAAUAAUCUGAUAAAAUCUAUUAACACUUCUGAAGAGUUAUGCGACUCUUGGCUUUUUUCUUGAAUGAGAGAACUCCAGCCAGUUGAUCAAGGGUUCCUCAUAGGCAUGGAAGAAGAAAAGGUGAUAGCCUGACUGGUCCCCGUGUUGGUCAAGUAUGCUCCCCAGCCCACAUAUCAUAGCAUCUUACUGAAGCAGGCCUGUGACCGCAUCGCCUGCAGGGAGAUGGCAGUCGUCAGUAACCAUGUCCUCUGUCCUCCAGCACCAUCCCUUAGGGGAGCCUAUGCACCAGCCCUUCAGCUGACUCUAGGAGCGUCACAGUGAUUGUGAACCUGGGCUAAGCGCAUAAGAAAGUGGCUGAUGGGGCAAAAGAACUUUUUUUUUUAUUAGUGACUCAGUCCAGUCAGUGUACUUCAAAAGGUGCAAUGUGUUUUUUCAUUUAUCAAUGAAGAUAGAAACCCAUCCCCAAAUCAGCAAACGGCAAACACACACCCUUUCGGUCACAGUCACACACGUAGUGCGUCCUAGGAAGGGCAGGACAGCCUCCGUCCACUUUUCACGAGUCUCACCCAAGUCCGGAUCCACUCAAGGGUGGAGAGAAUCGGCAGCUUCCAAGGAGCAUGUUAUUAAACGAGGCAUUUCUGCGUGCCUUCUUCAGAGCGCCAGGAAGGGACAGCCUUCCAAUCCCGGGCCAGCUCUUCAGCAGUCCCUCAGUGGUAGCUUCUGUCUGGUCUUGGCAAGUUUCCCAAUAGCAGAGGGGAUAUCUCUGAGAUCAGUUUGGGUUCCAACAAGCAUGUAAGGAGUCUUUGGACAGUCGGGAGCUAUCUCAGGUCCCUGCUUUUCUUUCACAUUUUCAAAUGAGGAUGGAGAAACCACUGGAAAACAUACUAGAAAAAUGUUUGUUUGUGGGUGACUCAGCGGUUGCAGUCUGUCAAAUCCACUUGCCCUGCAGUAUCAAAAAGUCCAAGAGCACAUGGCUCUCCACCAGUCCUAACUGUGACUGCACAGCUGUUGAAACAGCUGGACCUGCUCCAGCGGAGACUUGUUUGUUGUAUAAGCUAUCAGGAGGCAUGUUUUGUUAUCAGUACCAUCGCUGGCGACUACGCACUUAGCGUCUGUGCUGUGGAAAUAGUUCUGUGUCCACUUUUAAUAUUUCAGAUUAGAUGUUGACCUCACCUUCUCCAUCAGGGCAUCGGCAGAACUCUUAGAUAAUUUAUAAACAUUUAAAAUGAGCAGCUAGCCGGGCGGUGG